GGAAAUUUGGGCCAUGACACAUAGGAGGGAGGAAGGAACUCCUUCGGAAGGUGGCCAUGCAACAUCCUCAGAGGCGACGGAACUUCCUAUAAAGGUCGGAGGACCGACUUGGUAUAGCGAUGCGGCACAAUAUUGGGACCAAGUUGAACCAACAGUGGAGGGCAUGUUGGGGGGUUUUGGGCAGUUGACCGACCUAGAUAGCACAAGUUCGCUUCGAUUUAUUGAUGAAUUUAUCAACGGAAAGAAGGGGCCAGGUGGAAGGAUUGUUAAACCACCGCGUAUUGGCAAGACUCUGGCUUGCGAUUGCGGUGCGGGAAUCGGUCGAGUAUCGAAGAACUUUUUAUUGAAAGCAUUUGAUCGUGUCGACUUGGUCGAACAAAAUCCCAAAUUUCUCGAGGAGGCAGAGGCUUCAUUCCUUGGUAAGGAAUAUGCUGCACGGGUCGACAGGUUUAUCCCAAAAGGAUUGCAAGAGUUCUCCCCAGAGGAAGGAAGAUACGAUUUGAUCUGGACUCAAUGGGUUCUUGGCCAUCUAACGGACGAUGAUUUUAUCGCCUUCUUCCAGAGAUGCAAGCAGGGAUUGAAGCCAAAUGGCUUGAUUGGUGUGAAGGAAAACGUGACCUCCCAAGGUGUUGAUGUUGACAAGGAAGACAGCAGCGUCACUAGAUCUAAUGCGAUACUCAAAGAACUGUUCGCAAAAGCUGGCCUGCGUUUGAUUAAAGAAGAAAAACAAAAAGGCUUCCCACAAGGACUGUAUGGCGUGUAUAUGUAUAUGCUUGAAUAGGCUUCCUCGGACGUAUACAUGGUCCCCAGGGUUUGGUUUGGGGCUCGCCCACCAUGGAAAGCGUUUGUGACAAGUUGACAAAGAGUCAUUAAGCAAGCCGCUGUGUACACGUACGAAAAAAGGGUUUCUGCUGCUUUCAAGGGUUGUUAACUCGUUAGCACAUUGCACCCGCCAUAUGUGAUACCGGAAUAUUGUCGUUGGUCAUUGUUAUUUUACAGUCGGCUCCGCUUUUCGUCAGUAUCAUAAGAAUUAGAAUAAGAACUACUUGCAAGUGCAUAUAACGAGACUAGGAGGGUCUGCGUAGCAUCUACAAUGCAGAGUCCUUCCAGACUGCUUCCCUGCUUCUGGGCUCUGUUGUCUCGACCGCCCAACCUUGGGAACCUCUUGUGCUUUGUUUACCUAUGCGCUGAAAUGAUGAACGCUCUGACGGCAGCAGAAUCAGGUCGCGAGCGCAUAUUGUUGGGCAAAUCGCUUUUGGACCUGGUUCACUCAGAAGAUGUACCAGGUCUGUUAAGUGGAAGAGCUUUCGAGGAGGAGAGGUUCCCUCGGUAUGUACCGCUUUUUAGUUGGUUCACAAAUUUAGAAUAAAUCUAUCCUUAUGCACGUCCAGGUUCAGGCUACGG